AUGUUCUUGUGUAGAUCCCUAAACCAUUUCCUUUUAAGAUUCCUUCAUUUUUUCGGGAACCAACCAGAUCCAAAUCCAACGACCGUGAACAUGUCAGGACUCGACGGCGUAGAACACAAAACCCUCAAGGUAAACGGCAUAAACAUGCACGUUGCGGAAAAACCAGGAUCCGGAUCCGGAGGAGAUCCGAUCAUUCUCUUUAUCCAUGGAUUCCCGGAGCUUUGGUACACGUGGCGACACCAGAUGGCUGCGUUUUCUUCCUUGGGAUACCGUACGAUCGCGCCGGAUCUCCGAGGGUACGGAGACACCGACGCGCCGGAGAAAGUGGAAGACUACACGUACCUAAACGUGGUCGGAGACUUGGUGGCACUCAUCGACGCCGUGACGAGCGGAGAAGAGGCGGUUUUCGUGGUGGGCCAUGACUGGGGAGCGAUGAUUGCGUGGCAGUUGUGUCAUUACCGACCGGAGAAAGUCAAGGCUCUGGUCAACAUGAGCGUUGUGUACACUCCAAGGAACCCAGAUCGGGUUCCGAUUCCGACGUUGAGACAUGUCUUUGGUGACGAUUAUUACAUCUGCAAAUUUCAGAAACCUGGAGAGAUAGAAGCAGAGUUCAAAAAGUUGGGAACAGAGAAUGUGUUGAAAGAGUUCCUCACCUACAAAACGCCUGGCCCGCUCUAUCUCCCCAAAGGCAAACUUUUUAAACGAUCUGAAAACGCCGCGUCUGCGUCGUUACCAUCGUGGUUAACACAAGAAGAUCUCGACUAUUACGUUACCAAGUACGAGGAGAAAGGCUUCACUGGAGCCAUUAACUACUACCGCAACAUUGACCGGAAUUGGAAGCUGACUGCACCUUGGACCGGUUCUAAGAUCCGUGUACCGGUGAAGUUCAUAGUCGGAGAUCAAGAUUUGACGUACAAUUCGCCGGGAGCUAAGGAAUACAUUCACGGUGGCGGCUUUAAGAGAGACGUACCGUUGCUCGAUGAAACCGUCGUGCUCAACGGACUGGGACAUUUCCUCCACGAGGAAAACCCUGACGAGAUCAAUCAACAUAUUCACAGCUUCUUUCAAAAGUUCGUUUGA